GCUCCCGCACGGCCAAAGCCCAGAUGCCGCGCCAGGCCGCCCCGCGGUCCUUGCCCGGAGUUGGUGGGGGGGGUCAGGGGUCCCGGGGGGCUGCGACCACCAUGCUCCGCUCCCUGCUGCUUCACUCGCUGAGGCUCUGCGCCCAGACGGCCUCGUGCCUCGUGCUCUUCCCGCGCUUCCUCGGCACGGCCUUCAUGCUCUGGCUUCUCGAUUUCCUGUGCAUCCGAAAGCAUUUCCUGGGCCGCCGCCGUCGGGGCCAGCCCGAGACCGAGGUGGAGCUCAACAGCGACGGCGAAGAGGUGCCCCCCGACGACCCCCCCAUCAGCGUGUCCGACGACAACCGCCUUUGCACCCUGGCGUCGCUCAAGGCAGUGUGGCACGGCCAGAAGUUGGAUUUCUUCAAACAGGCGCACGAGGGCGGCCCAGCACCCAACUCCGAAGUGGUCCUGCCCGACGGCUUCCAGAGUCAGCGCAUCCUCGACUAUGUGCGUGGGAACCGCCCGCUGGUGCUCAAUUUCGGCAGCUGCACCUGACCCCCGUUCAUGGCGCGCAUGAGCGCCUUCCAACGCCUGGUCACCAAGUACCGGCGCGAUGUGGACUUCCUCAUCAUCUACAUCGAGGAAGCACACCCUUCCGACGGCUGGGUCACCACAGACUCUCCCUACAGCAUCCCGCAGCACCGAAGCUUGGAGGACCGCGUCAGCGCUGCACGGGUACUGCAGCAAGGCGCUCCCGGAUGUGCGCUGGUUCUUGAUACCAUGGCUAACUCCAGCAGUUCGGCCUACGGCGCCUACUUCGAGCGUCUCUACGUCAUCCAGAAUGGCACCAUUGUGUACCAGGGUGGCCGUGGGCCCGACGGCUACCAGGUAGCAGAGUUGCGCACCUGGCUGGAGCGCUACGACGAGCAACUGCACAGUGCUCAAACUCGUCGGGUGUAAAAAACUAAGGACAAUUGACUGAAGUUGUCGGGUUGCACCUUCGCGCAUUCAAGGCCCACGUGCAGGAGCCCCAAACGAAGUCAACCUUGGCGAGGCCCCUGUGGCAUGUUUGCGCUGAGCCAGGCGCCGCAGGCUGAGCCUGUGCCCUCAGCCAAGCCACCUAAAGACUCUCCCUAGGGACUCUACUUCUGGAACUGGCUCUGCCUGUACCUGCCAGACUCGCUCUUAAGUCCCCUUCGGAGCGUGAUGCAGUGCUCGCUCUUGCCCUAUGUGCCCCAGGACUUGUCCCCACAGAGGCCUCUACCAUGCUUGCUGGCGCCCCCUCCCCAGAGAGGAGUCAGAACGCCUUCAUUCAGAAGCGGUGACCCCAUGCCUCUCCAGCGCAAAGAGAACUUGGCGGCGCCAGAGCGCUCUGAGCACAGCCGAGCUCCCGUGGCGCGCAGAGCGCGCACUAGUUGCCUGGCACCCACACCUGUCCCUGCUGCUUUUGUGUCUAUUUCUUAUCCCUGAGUUGGGGGAGGGUAAGGGACCACGGGUCGGGAAGGGUGGGCAGGGUCGUUUUCCACUCUUGUUUUCGGUGCGCUAGAGCCCCACUGCUGAUGACGAACUGUCUCUAACUGGUCUUGACCACGAGCUGAUUCCGAAUUGCAGGGAACUCGCAGCAGCGCCUAAACUGAGAGGGGAAAGCGCUCUGGGUUUCCGAGAAGAAACCAACUUAAAGGGGGUGGUAGAGGGAGGUGGGGGGAGGGGGGUUCCGGACUUGAGAGUCCAGAAUGGCUCCAGAGGCAUUGGUGCGAGAGAAGAGGCUGGGACUCCUAGGAAGCGGGUUUGGAUUGUGGGAGUCCGGGGGAAGGGAGAUGGGGGAGAGUCUGGGGACCCCGAGUGAGGGGCCUCCUGGGCAGAGGUACCCAUUGUGGGACCAAGAGGUGAGGGCUCCUGGUUUAAAGGCUAUUUGGUGACUUUUGCUGGAACUACUCCCUGUAUAUAAACUUCUUUUACGCUACAAUAAUAAAGGCUUUAAGUAAACUGUC